AUGGUUAUCAAGUAUGGCCACAUGUUCAGGGAUAGAAAGGGCGAUGACUACCUGUUCAUCAACAACCUAGCCCAAGGUUCUUUCCAGCUCGCCCAGCGGGUGCUGCACCUGCGCACCGGCCGGGUUGUCGUCCGCAAGAUGUGCAUAUCAGGUCGGUACAAGGACAACAAUGAGAAUUGGGACGCCGGGCUUGCUGCUCAGCUCAAGAGGACCGAGUGGGCCUCCAUCGAGGGCGUCGAACCUCCGCGCUUCGCGCGACUGAUAUCGGCUAGGCCGUCUGCCGUGGACUCGUUCUGGGAGCUGUACAACUGCGGCAGCAUCGUGGACAUUGAGGAGAUGUGCGUGAUGCAGCGGGUGCUCAUGUCGCCCGGCUUCCUGAUGAGGUACGUCGGCCAGGUCCUCAGCUCGCUCGUCCACCUCUACAGCAUGCCGUUUGACGUGGUCCACAACGACCUCGACUUCCGCAACGUCUGGGUGCACCUGCCCGCCCAAGGCCCGCCGGACUUUUACAUUGGGGACUUUGGAGAGGCGCUCAUUGACCUCAAGCCGGGCAACGGCAACCACUGCGCCGACAUCCGGCGGUUCAACAGCUUCUUUGCGACUCUGGACCAGGACCGGACGCUGCGGGGUUCGCCGAGCAGCACCGACCGUUGGAACCUGCUUGCGCUCAAGGAGAUUGUCAACAAGCUGCAUGAGCAGUGCGUGAGCGAGAUUCCGUUCGAAGCCGGGACCGUCAAGGACCUGAUUCCUUUCCUCAAGACUGCGAUCGCAUCCGUGUCGCAGCUUGAGGCCGCUCACAGCAGCGCCGGGAAGCCCGUGCUCGAGCCCGAGUUUGGACGACUCCUCAAGCAGCGGACCCAGGCUGUCAUCCCGCCCAAGAACGGCUACUGGCAGGGCCAGCCGCUAUUGCACGGCACCAUGCAGGAGAUCAAGAUGGCGAGUGGAAUCCGAGGUCCCUGGUACAUGGCCGAGGUCGAUCCAUGGUCACAGCACGUGUCGAAUAUUGGCAGAGACACCCGUGGCUGA